AUGCAAGCCUUUUCUCCUCGACAUUUUGUGGCCCCGUCCAGAGAUGAAGAAGCAGAGUCCCAAAGAAAAGCCAAAUCUCGCCACGCCAGACAGACCCGCCGAUCAACUCAAGGGGUGACACUCACAGAUCUGAAAGAGGCCCAGUUGACCGUGUCCUCUGCAGAGCCGCCAGCAGGGGGCGCUGGUGUGUGGGAUGCCAUGAGAGUUGGAACAGAAUCUAUGGAGACAAGUGGCAACAAAGUCAUAGACAAGCAGGGAAAUGUUGAAUCAAGAUUGGAGGUUAUCUUUGAAUCACCGUCAGGAUUUUUCUACUCCCCCACAACAAGACCACAUGAACACCCUGACAACACAGACAACCGCUGCUAUAAAGGUAAUGAGCGGUUGUGGAAAGACGAGAAUCACAAUCCCAUAGAAGACACUGCAUUAUUAACUUUUGCCGAGAAGGAUCAAGGCUUCGCUGUGGAGCAUGAACGACUGUCAAGAUAUGACUCCAGUGGAGAAACGGUGACAGACAAGCCUCUGGGACGAACCAGCUCCUACAGCCGCAGAGAGGCGCGGCUGGCUGCCCUCAGGACUGAGCCAGACACAAGCUCCAGAGACUACAAGAAGAUGUACGAAGAGGCUCUGCAUGAGAAUGAGAAGCUGAAGAGCAGGUUACACGACAGCAAGCAGGAGCUGUCCAAGCUACGCUCACAGCUGGAGAAAGUCACGCAGAGACAUGAUCGGAUUACAGAGCGGUCCACAGCACUAGAAUCUGAAAAGAGGGAAAAACAGACUCUUGAGAAGCAAGUGUCCGACAUGGAAGAGGAAAUAAAGGCUUUCCCCGCUCUGUCACAGGUGCAGACAUUACGGAGGUUCAACCAAUGUCUGGUGGCUGAGAACAAAGCCAUGCUGCGCGCCCUGGCUCGCCUCUCUGAAACGGCUGCUAUGCCUGAAACCGAGGACCUCUGA